GAGCGCGGCGUCUCCCACCAGCGCGGGUUAAGCACCGCCCGCGCCGAGAGGGCUGGACCCGAGCUGCGGCUCCGAGCUCGCAUUCGGAUCCGCUAGUGCAGGAAGAUGGCGACAGACGGCGCGAGCUGCGAGCCCGAUUUCUCGCGCUCCCCGGAGGACGCGGCGGGGGCCACGGCGGAGCCGGCGAAAAAAGAGUUUGAUGUGGACACCCUUAGUAAAUCAGAACUCCGAAUGCUCCUCAGUGUUAUGGAAGGGGAACUGGAGGCCAGAGACCUUGUCAUCGAAGCCCUGCGGGCUCGAAGGAAGGAGGUAUUUAUCCAGGAACGGUAUGGGAGAUUUAACUUAAAUGACCCAUUCUUGGCACUGCAGAGAGACUAUGAAGCAGGUGCUGGUGACAAAGAGAAGAAGCCAGUUUGCACCAAUCCACUCUCAAUCCUUGAAGCAGUCAUGGCACACUGUCGAAAAAUGCAAGAAAGGAUGUCCACACAGCUGGCUGCUGCUGAGAGCAGACAAAAGAAGCUGGAGAUGGAGAAGCUUCAACUGCAAGCCCUUGAGCAGGAGCACAAGAAACUGAGUGCUUGCUUGGAUGAGGAGCGCAACAAAAACAAGCAUGUGGUCCUGAUGCUGGUUAAGGAAUGUAAACAACUCUCAGGCAAAGUCAUAGAGGAGGCCCAGAAGCUAGAAGAAGUAAUGACCAAGCUGGAAGAGGAGAAGAAAAAAACAACUGCACUAGAAGAGGAACUCUCAGCGGAGAAGCAGAGAAGCACCGAAAUGGAGGCUCAGAUGGAAAAACAGCUGUCUGAGUUUGACACAGAAAGGGAGCAGCUUCGUGCCAAGCUGCACCGAGAAGAAGCCCACACCGCUGACCUCAAAGAGGAGAUAGACAAGAUGAAGAAAAUGAUUGAGCAGCUGAAAAGAGGAAGUGACAGCAAGCCAGGCCUCUCUCUCCCCCGGAAGACAAAAGAUAGGCGUUUGAUUUCUGUAUCUGUGGGGACAGAAGUAUCAGUGGCAAAGUCUGUUGCUUGCCAGACAGACUCAGCAACAGAAAGUAUUGAGCCUGUGAAGAAAUUACCGUUGACUGUCCCUGCAAAGCCUUCCACGGGGAGCCCCUUAGUUUCUGCAAGUACAAAAGGGAAUGUGUGCACCAAUGCCACGCUGGUCAGGCCAGGUAUUGACAGACAGGCUUCCCAUGGUGACUUGACUAUCUCCUCUGUGCCAGCUGCCCCAACUCCAAGUGCAAGCAGAACUGAGGAAAAUGGACCAAGCACUGGCUCAGCACCAGACCCAACAAGUAGCACACCACCACUUCCCAAUAAUGCUGCCCCUCCCACUGUGCAAACACCAGGCACAGCUGCCCAGAGUUAUUCACAAGCUCCACCUGUGCACAGUUUGCAUUCACCUUGUGCCAAUGUGUCUUUGCAUCCAGGUCUAAACCCUCGAAUCCAAGCAGCGAGAUUUAGAUUUCAGGGCAAUGCUAAUGACCCAGACCAAAACGGAAAUACUAGCCAAAGUCCUCCAUCAAGAGAUGUGUCUCCUACAAGUCGUGACAACCUAGUGGCCAAACAGCUAGCUCGGAAUACUGUGACCCAAGCACUAUCAAGAUUCACAAGCCCUCAAGCAGGAGUGCCCCCAAGACCUGGAGCAGCCCCCACAGGGGAUGUCGGUAGCCACACUCCAGUCAGUCGGACCAGUUUAAAGACUCCUGGUGUAUCACGAGUUGACAGAGGAAACCCUCCUCCUAUCCCUCCCAAAAAGCCAGGCCUCUCCCAAACUCCUUCUCCCCCACACCCACAACUCAAGGUUAUCAUGGAUAGCAGCAGGGCUGCCAGUGCAGGGGCCAAAGUUGAUAACAAAACUGUGGCUGUACCUCCCUCCAGUUUGCCACAAGGGAACAGGGUAAUAAGUGAGGAGAAUCUCCUUAAAUCAUCUUCCCCUCAGCUGCCACCAAAACCAUCCAUAGAUUUAACUGUGGCACCUGCAGGCUGUGCCGUUUCAGCCCUGGCCACAUCUCAGGUGGGUGCCUGGCCUGCUGAAUCCCCUGGACUGAACCAACCUGCAUGUUCAGAAAGUUCCCUUGUCAUUUCCAACACCAUUGCCUUUUGCUCUUCCAUAAACCCUGUUAGUGCCUCAUCCUGUAGAACAGGUGCCUCAGUCAGCCUCCUGGUAACAGCAUCAGGCUGGUCACCCUCCCUAACCCCUUUGCUAAUGAGUGGUGGUCCUGCCCCCCUGGCUGGCAGGCCCACCCUUCUUCAGCAAGCUGCUGCCCAGGGAAAUGUCACUUUAUUAUCAAUGCUGCUUAAUGAAGAAGGACUGGAUAUUAAUUACUCCUGUGAAGAUGGCCAUUCUGCCUUGUAUUCUGCUGCUAAGAAUGGACAUACAGACUGUGUGAGAUUGCUGCUGAAUGCAGAAGCCCAAGUUAAUGCUGCUGAUAAAAAUGGCUUCACACCCUUGUGUGCUGCAGCUGCUCAGGGACAUUUCAAGUGUGUAGAACUAUUAAUUGCAAAUGAUGCUAAUAUUAAUCAUGCUGCUGAUGGAGGACAGACACCUCUAUACCUGGCCUGUAAAAACGGGAAUAACGAAUGUAUUAAACUCUUGUUGGGAGCUGGAUCUGACCGAAGUGUAAAAACCAGAGAUGGCUGGACACCAGUUCAUGCAGCUGUGGACACUGGAAAUGUGGACAACCUCAAACUUCUGAUGUACUAUGAAGCACCAAUUCCUGGAAACUCUUUCAAUGAGGAGAAACUCGAAUCAAACAUCAUUGACUUGGAUCAAGUGGAAGAGAGUCCUGAAGGCAUAUCCAAGCCUGUUGUUCCUGCAGACCUCAUUAAUCAUGCUGACAGAGAAGGCUGGACUGCUGCCCAUAUUGCUGCUUCAAAAGGUUUUAAGAACUGCCUAGAAAUCUUGUGUAGACACAGAGGACUUGAGCCAGAAAGGAGAGAUAAGUGUAGUCGGACUGCUCAUGAUGUUGCCACUGAUGACUGCAAACAUUUGCUGGAGAAUCUGCAUGCUCUUAAGAUACCCUUACGGAUUUCAGUAGCUGAGAUUCAACCAGGCAACCAUGGUUCUGAUGACUUUGAAUGUGAGAACAUAAUAUGUACUUUAAAUAUUCGCAAACAGACAUCAUGGGAUGACUUUUCAAAAGCAGUGAGCCAAGCGCUGAUAAAUCAUUUCCAAGCAAUCUCUUCUGAUGGAUGGUGGACCCUGGAGGAUAUGACGUUUAAUAACACUGCUGAUUCCAGCAUUGGCCUUGGUGCAAGCAGUGUGCAAUCCAUCAUGCUAGGAAAUGUGCCAUGGUCAACAGGUCAAAACUUCACCCUGUUCCCGUGGGAGUUUAUGAGGAAGAAUAAAGCAGAACAGGUCACUGUGAUUUUGUCAGGUCCUCAAGAAGGCUGUCUUAGCAGUGUGAGUUACACAUCUAUGAUCCCUCUUCAGAUGCUACAGAACUACCUCAGGCUGGUUGAACAGUAUCAAAAUGUCAUUUUCCACGGCCCAGAAGGAAGCCUGCAAGAUUACAUAGCACAUCAGCUCGCUCUCUGCAUGAAGCACAGACAAAUAGCUGCAGGAUUCACCUGUGAAAUUGUGAGAGCUCAGGUCCAUGCUGGUUUCUCCAAGGAGCAACUGGUAGACCUGUUCAUCAGUAGCGCAUGCUUGAUUCCAGUGAAGCAGUCUCCUGUCAACAAGAAAAUCAUCAUCAUUUUAGAGAAUUUGGAAAAAUCCUCAUUGUCAGAGUUACUGGGAGAUUUUUUGACACCUUUGGAAAACCGCAGCACUGAGACUCCCUAUACUUUGCAGAAAGGAAAUGGGAUGUCCGAGUGUUACUACUUUCAUGAGAACUGCUUUCUGAUGGGAACCAUUGCCAAGGCCUGUCUCCAGGGCUCCGACUUGCUGGUGCAGCAGCAUUUCCGCUGGGUUCAGUUAAGGUGGGAUGGCGAGCCCAUGCAGGGUUUGUUGCAGAGGUUCCUACGAAGGAAAGUUGUGAACAAGUUCAGAGGUCAGCUGCCCUCUCCCUGUGACCCUGUGUGCAAGACGGUCGACUGGGCCCUGGCUGUCUGGUGCCAGCUCAACUCCUGUCUAGCUCGUUUGGGUACACCUGAAGCACUUCUUGGGCCAAAAUAUUUCCUGUCUUGUCCUGUAGUCCCAGGACAUGCUCAAGCAACAGUGAAGUGGAUGUCUCAUCUGUGGAAUGCCAUUAUUGCACCCAGAGUUCAAGAAGCAAUCUUGUCAAGAGCCUCUGUGAAAAGACAACAUAGCCUUGGGCAGACAACAGCUAAAAAACACCCCAGCCAAGGACAACAGGCUAUAGUGAAAGCUGCUCUCAGCAUCUUGCUGAAUAAAGCUGUUCUGCACGGUUGCCCUCUCCAGAGAGCAGAGCUAGACCAACAUACAGCUGACUUCAAAGGUGGAAGUUUCCCUUUAUCCAUGGUUUCAAGUUACAACAGUUGUAGCAGGAAGAAAGCAGAGAGUGGUGCCUGGAGAAAGGUCAGCACCAGUCCUCGCAAGAAAUCUGGCCGGUUCUCCUCUCCAGUCUGGAAUAAGCCGGACUUGAGUGAGGAAGCAGGUAUCAAAAAUAAGGCCAUAUCACAGUUGAAUUAUAAUGGGAGUGCUCUACUGGCAAAGCAAAAGUCUUUAGAGAAUGAUCUGUCAUUGACAUUGGACCAAAGACUCUCUCUGGGUUCAGAUGAUGAAACAGAUCUUGUCAAGGAACUUCAGAAUAUGUGCUCCAGCAAAUCUGAAUCUGAUAUAAGUAAGAUUGCUGAUUCCAGAGAUGAUUUGAGGAGGCUUCAUAGCUCAGGAAACAACCCUGCAUUUUCAGCAACUGUUAAUAACCCAAAAAUGCCAGUGUCACAAAAGGAGGUCAGUCCUCUCAGCAGCCAUCAAACUACCGAGUGCAGCAACAAUAAAUCUAAGACCGAGUUGGGUGUUUCAAGAGUUAGAUCUUUUCUUCCUGUUCCUAGAAGUAAAGUCACCCAGUGUUCCCAGAACACCAAAAGAAGCAGCAGCAGCAGUAAUACAAGGCAAAUAGAAAUAAACAACAACUCAAAAGAAGAGAUUUGGAACUUACGCAAAAAAUGAAAUAGAAAACCCUAACAAUAGGCCUGCCUACGAAUAUUCUCAUCCUUAACCUCUACUAUAUAUUUUAUACAGAAACCAAGGACAAAACACUGUAAAUACCUUUAAAUGACUAAAAUGUUUUUUUUUUCUGUAAUAUAAAAGUAUGAGUGCAGGACCACUAUUCAAUCUUUUGUAAAGAAUGUGUUUAUAGCCAACAUUUUAUUGUUCUGUUUUUUGUUUCAGUUUUGUAGGUUUAAAAUUCCAAUGUCAAGAAGUUAUACAGACUUUUCAAGUAGUUUUGUAACAGAAAAAUUGUAAUAAUUUCAUCACCAUGUUCAGGGGUAUUGAAACAAACUCUGUGCUGUACAUCUAUAGCUAUGUGUGUGUGAAUAUAUAUAUAUAUAUAUGUACAUAUGUAUAUUUAAGAAAAUCCAUGAAUCAAAUUACAUACUGAGUUAAUAAAAUCUGUACAACACGGCUAAGUUAACAUAUACUAUUUUAAAUGGAGAUCAUAAUUCUAUGUUUACUUGAUGAGGAAUGAUUAGAAUAUGGCAAUAACAAAACUCUUCUAUACAGUUACUUUUUAUUAAAAGCCAUAUUAAGUAUUUUGCCUGUUAAAUUCUAGUUUUACAUUUAAAUCUUUUAAUAGGUAACAUUGCUGAUUGGUUGUAUCCUGUAUAUUUAUGCUUCUGAGUUUGUGUAUGACUCCUGUAAAAUAUGAAAUUAUAUAAUGCAAUAAAAGUGUUAUCUUUCUUACAAAGUUUUGUACUUAAGGUAGAUAUAAAAUAACUACAUAAAUUCUUUAGUAAAUUAACUCAGUUAACUCUAAUUCUAGUAGCACAACUGAUAAAAUUGAUACUUGUAUUUUCUAGAGCUGUUUCUUCCAAAAUUAAUAAAAUUACCUUAUACAACUCAAAGAUAGUGUGACAGCAAAUAAAAUAUUAGUGAAAUAAUUUUACUGUAGUUUCUAUCUAUAAUUCUUCAUAAUUUAUCUAUGCAAGAGAUAUUUGUGUUCUAUUUAGGAAUAUUUAUAAUACCUGUCCACUGUGUUCCACCAGAUGUUCAUAGGAAAACAUCCUUGUAUUAGAAUAAUCGGUUUAGAUAUUUAAAAAACAAAAAGCAAAUGUUUAACAAUUUGUAGGAGCUAGAUACUCACUGGGAAAAGGUUCUUUUCAUAAAAACUGAAAUGUCAUUUCAUACCAAGAUUUAUUUUACUUAUUCAAGUAUAAUAAAACACUUUCUUGACCAGAAUGACUAA